UGUCUGCUGGUAACUAUAGCAACAACAAGGCAAAAAGCUAGACCGGUAGUUAGCAAGGCUCUGCAGCUAUCCUUAUCUCAUUUAUCCCCCGGUCAAUUCACAAAACAUUUAAAUACCGUGCUGAAAAUGCAGUAGCUUCGUGUAGAUGAACAUAUGACUUAUGCCGACCAAACAGUAUUCGAUGUGUGUGUGAAAAGUUUGGGGCUGUUUACAUCGAACUAGCCAACUUGCUAUCUUGUUCCCAUAUUUAACGUUACCGCUGUUAUUGUGAUCUAUGAUGGGAAAAGAUGUGGAGGAAGUCUCCGCGUCUCUAGUACGGGAAUAUCUCAGUCGAAAGGGCCUGAAGAAAACCAUAGCUUGCAUGGAUGAAGAGCUUCCCCGAACUAAUUCAAGCAUUAAUAACAGAUCAGAUCUACGCAGAAUACUUCACCUUGAGGGCCUUUACAAACAGAAUAAGGCUGAAGAACAUCCUUUGAAGUCAAUGUUGGAGAUGAUCGUGAAGGACAGAAUGAGUGAAGGUGGCAAAACCAAAGGAUGCCGACAUGGUGACAAUCAAGCACAUCCAUUGGAACAAACCAUAUCCAGUUCUUCCAUAGACAUGACUGGGAAUGUUAAGAGAGAGGAAGAUUGUAUGGAAAAUCUGUUGGGUGACAGUCCAAGGUUAUCUGAAAGCAGUGUGUCACAAGUUAUUGUGCCUUCCCAAACACCUUCUGAAAUCACGCACAAGAGCUUUGCUGUUCACCCUGAGAGUGAGAGAAGUGUGUACUGUUUGAAAGAGGGAUUUCCCUCUGAGAAAAAGGUCAUAGACACUGACAGCCAGAAGAACAGAAGCAGCAGGAUAAGACGGGGCAUUAUGGCAGGUCCCAUUGCCAGCUCCUCACAGGAAAGUAACAGGAGACGUCCAGCUCGAAAAGCACCUUCAUCUGUUACAGCAACAUCAGAGGAUUGCAGAGAAGCAGCAAACUGGACAAAUGGUGUCAGUACUACAAAUACAAAGUCUAUCCCAUCAGCCCCUCUUGAAUGGGAGAGCAGCAUGUUUUCAAAUUUACAUACAGGAUUCAUAGACCGUAGUGGACAUGAGAGGACGUCAGACGUCAAACAUCGCUUAAAGAAUUCGGCACCCAGCCCAAAACUGGAUGGACUCCAUGUGUUGGAAAUGGUUUUGGAUGACAUAGAGAAUGAGGAGAGCUUGUGUGAUGUUUCUAGAACAACCAUGCCAAUGCUUAGUUUAGACAAGACUCCCAUGGACCAGAUGACUGCCACUGCUCUUAAGGAGAUCAUCUUUGGUUCUCCUAUGGCUUGUUUCACUGAGGAGUGGAAACAGCAGAAUUUUACCUUUUCAGAUACUCCUUGUUUGAAGUAUGGGAUUGUCCAAAAGAAGGGAGGACCCUGUGGAGUUCUUGCAGCAGUUCAGGCUUGUGUUCUACAGAAGCUUCUGUUUGAAGAAUCGAGCAGUGACUCAUUGGAUGUGAGACUGGAGGUAUCAAACAUUUUAAGGACAAAAUGUCUAUCUCGGGCUUUGGCUGACAUACUAUGGAGAGCCGGGAAUAUGAAGAGAGCCACAGUCGCAAUAAACACAGGAAGAAGUCUGUUCACCCCAAUUGGACGCUACAAAUCAGAUGGUAUUCUAGAAAUGAUAACAUAUGUCACUAUGGAGACCUUAGAUGAUCUCACUUCAGUUCUUGAGCAGCAUAUUAGACAGUUUGAGUCUGGCCCCUUUGGCUGUAUCCUGCUUACCGUCUCUGCCAUUCUUUCCAGAACUAUUGCAACUAUACAAAGUGAUAUGGAUGUGCCAACAUCCACUCUCAUUGGAGCUCAUGGCUACUGCACACAGGAAUUGGUAAAUCUUUUGCUUUGUGGACGGGCAGUUUCAAACGUCUUUGAUGAUGAAAUGAAGCUUGAUUCCGGAAAUGGAAAUUUUACACUUCUGAAGGGAAUUAAAGCACAUUGUAACAUUGGGCUGCUGUCUUUAUUUGAGCACUAUAAUAUAUGUAAGGUUGGAUCUCACCUGAAAACUCCCAAGUUUCCAAUUUGGGUAGUGUGCAGUGAGAGCCAUUUCAGUGUGCUCUUUUGCCCCUCUGAAGACCUGGCAACUGAUCACUGCAGAGAGGAAGAGUUUGACUUGUACUAUUAUGAUGGGCUGGCCAACCAGCAGGAACCAAUUAGAUUAACAGUCUGUGAGUCUUUUCCUUUGGAUCUACAUUGUGCUGCUGGUGCGGUUCAGAAUGACAACGCAGACAGUGAUCUCAUUCCUCCACUGGAGCUCUGCAUCAGGACCAAAUGGCAGAAUGCAGUGGUCAGCUGGAAUAAUACAGAUCCCAUUCUUUGACUAUGCACAUAAAGGAGAUUUUUAUUUGACCCCGGUUGAUUUUAUGUGGACCUAAAUUUAGGUUUUAUAUUUAAAAAUGCAUGCGUUUUGUAUGUAUUUUGUCUUUUAUGAUUG